GGCUACAUCCAGGCCACUAUUGUUUGGCAAUGAUAGGUCGCAAUUCUUGAUCAAGGUCCAACUGUUUGCAAUUUCAUUUAUUGGAGGGAUGGUAGCUGGAUAUUGUCUACAAAUUGGAGGAGGUGUUCUUGGCAUGAAGGAAUCACUCAAACUUUUUGGUGUCUACCGAAAAAUGGAAUUUACAAAAACCACGAACUAUUGUUCGUUUUAUGACAAUAAACUCAAUAGUUUCGUUGCAUGCCUCUACUUGGCUACUACUGUAUCAAUACUGCCUUCAUUUGUAUGUUCGAAGUUAUUUGGUAGAAGGGUAGUAGUCUGUAUUGGCUUUGGACUCGUGUUGCUGGGAUCCAUUCUCUUGACAAUAAAGAACCUUCCUACCCUAUUCAUUGGCCGGAUCAUCUGUGGUUUUGGAGUAGGAUGCAUUCUACAGGCUCUUCCCAUCUAUAUUUCAGAAUCUACUCCAGCUGAGUAUGCAGACUUCUUAGGUUCUAAAUUUGACCAUGGUUUUAAUUUUGGGGGAUUUGUGGUGGCAUCAACCAUAAGUUUUUUAGUGGCUAUGAACAAGUCGGGGUGGAGGUGGUCUUUUGGACUUUCAAGAGUCUUAGCUCUUGCAUCCUUGAUGCUAUCUGCUACUACUCCUGAAAGCCCACAUUAUUUUUUGGAGAUGAAAGACAUUGAAAGAGCUAAAAAUGCUUUUAAAAAGACUAGAGGUAGACUAAUAGUUGCUGAGUUUGACAAUUUGGUAGCAAAGAGUGAGAAAGUUUAUAGUUCUUUGUUUCAUCCCUUUAGACUCCAAUAUAUGCCAUAUCUAUUCAUUGCAUGUGUACGAGAGGUGUUCAUGCAAAUGACGGGAAUGUUUGCCAUAAACUUCUUCACUCCUAUAUUUUUAACUUCUAUCGGUGUGUCUGCCUCUACUUCUUUUAUUUCAUCAAUGGGAGUUGGGUGCACGUACUUCAUUAUGGCAAUUUUGGGUGGUAUGCUAGUAGAUCGAUACAAACGAAGGGUAAUGCUGCGUUCUUCUUCAUUAGUGAUGAUCUUCACAUUGUUUAUAAUAUUUGGUCUACUUUGACUGAGUAAUUAUGAUGUGAUGUACUUUGAGUUGGAUGUUGCUGUUGCUAUUUCUAUGGCCAUGUUUUUCUAUGUGUGUGGAUACGCAGUGAUCAGUGGACCACGAGGAUGGUUUAGCGUUCCUUUACCCCAGAGAGCUAAAGGUAUGGUAUCCGCUUUGACAAUGACAGUUUC